AUGGUCGGCGACCUGAGUGGCAUGAACAGCAACGAGGUGUACGAACACAUCAAGCACGAACAGAUGAACGCCGGCGUCGACUACGCGAUGGACACCGGCAUGACCCUGGAUCAGCUGUCGUCGGGUGGUCAUCAAUGUCCGAUCUGUCUGAAGGUGUUCGUUUCAUCGAAGGGUCUGCAGCAGCAUUCGAUCAUUCACACCGACCGCAAGCCGUUCUCGUGCGAAAUCUGCGGCAAACCGUUCCGCUUCAAAUCAAAUCUGUUCGAGCACCGCAGCAUUCACACCGGCGAGACGCCGUACGCCUGUCCAUUUUGCGGCAAGGCUUGCCGGCUGAAGGGCAACUUGAAGAAGCACCUGAAAACGCACGUCAAGGAGGCGGACGAGAUCGAUCGAGCGUACGAGGCGGUGACCGGAAGCACCGGACGCCAUAGUGUAAUGUGCCUGAAGAAUGGCGAAUCCGGUGACGAAAGUUGCGCUGCCGACAGUCCGUACUUAAUCAGCUUCGCCAAAGGCCGACAACGGCGAAAGACCGUUAAUCCGCGAAAAAUAGCGAAGGCGCCCAGUGUCGCUUUAGUGGUGACUGUCGGCCAGGACGAGCAGGAGGAAGAACCGUUUGCUGAGGCGCCGCCGACGUUCCCGCCUCUUACGGAAAUGAUCGGUAAGGAAUACUCGAUGGCCGAGUUCUGCAAGGUGGCGAGGGCAAUUCCGUUCGAGACGCACCAGUGUCGUCUGUGCCAUCUUUCGUUCAGGAGCCGCAUGGAAAUGAGGGAUCACUGUGAGAUGAUGCACAAUAUGAGUCAACAGCUGCAUGAAAACGGAGUGGGAGAAGGUUUUAUAUGGUGUGAAACGUGUAUCCGACCUUUCGAUGACCAGAAGUCAUAUGAUCAGCACAUGUCCUUUCAUCGACGUAUCCGCAGUAUGGUAAAUCGUGGAGAUCUUGUCUUGAAUGAACCCGAUGCUCCUUCGCUUUAA